AUGCCCAAGGUGGCUAGGACAUACCAGUGCCAACGUUGUUCCAGAUCGUUUGCCAGAUUAGAACAUUUGCAGCGUCAUGAUCGAUCACAUACCAAGGAGAAGCCUUUUGCUUGCCAACGCUGUGAGAAGUCUUUUACCCGAAAAGACCUAUUGGCGCGUCAUGAGCGGCUGGCACAUGCAACCUCACUUAUAGAGGAAUCACCCGCAUUAUUGUCUCCAAAUUCGACAUUUCAGGCCCUGAAUACGCCUUCCUCCACGAUCUCUAAGGACCAUGCUCUCCCUAUCACCCCUGCUUUCGCAGGGCAGAGUCCCAGUCGUCUUUCUCCGUCUUCGAUUCAUCCUAGAGAAGAUCAUUUGAUGUCCUAUCAGGGGUCGGUAUCCAACCCUGACCAUGCCCCGUUAGAGAACUUCAGUCCUCAUUUUCGAAUGCCCGAUUUGACCCCAUAUGACGGAAAUGAUUUUUCUUCCUUCUUGGAUAGUGUCUCACUUCCAAGCAAUCCGUACUCACCAACGUACCAGCCUUUGCCCCUUUUCCCAGCAAUCAACUUGCACUCUCUAGUCCCAAAUCACACAGCAGACAGAACGGCAUUAUCCGAAACCAUACCUCCCUCUACUGGCAACACAAUUCUACCUCGGUUGGGUUCAAAUUUGCCCUCACUUCAGCCGGAUCGGCUCAACCCUCCCCAUUGGGGUCCGCCUAAAGGCUGCAUUACUGUCACAACUGACUGCCGUGACCGAUUGGUUUCUUCCUUGAAUCACUAUGGAAACGUCCUCGACAAUCCAAAGCUACCGUCUCGCCAUGCUUUAUCGCGAUGUUUAACGGGGUAUUUCACUGGCUUUCAUGACUAUUACCCUUUUCUUCACCCGCCGACUAUGAAUAUCGACGAGAUCUCGGCCGAGUCAUUGCUCGCCAUGGCCUCUCUCGGAUCUCGUUAUUACCACGAAGUUGAAAUGAGCAUGAAUUUGUAUGAAAUCUCCAAAGCUAUGACGAUGGAGCGCAUACGACGGUAUUCCAACUCGGCAGGCCACAGGAUGCGAGCCUCCUUGAAAGAAAACCCUCCUCACGUUGAGGAAGGGUCGCGGUUUAUUGCUAACAAUAAUGACGAUUAUGAAGUUUUGCUGGAUAUGAUCCAAUCGCUUACGUUUCUCAUCGCAGUGAGUGGGUGGUCGGAACAUACUCCUCCAUAUUUUGAAGCGUUGUCAAUGCGAAGUUCCAUCGAGGCACUGCUGAGGAUGGGUGGUUUAAACACUUUACCUCGGGUAGAAGACUCUUCGUGGAGGAGCUGUACAAAGCGGGAAAUUGCAAAGCGAACAAAACUUAUCGUAUUUUGCUUUCUUAACCUCCACACUAUUGUCUAUGAUCUCCCACCUGUCAUUCUAGCUGAAGAGAUCACAAUGGAGCUCCCUUGCACUGAAACGGAAUGGCAAGCCACUGGACAGGCAUCCUGGCUCGAGGCAAGAAAGCAGAGUCAAGGAGAGCCGAAGCUCACUGAUGCCCUUGGUUUUCUUUUUAACGGCGAUACAGACGCACGCCCCAAAGGUGUGAAUGUGAAUAGCUUUUCGACGCUCGGUGGGUAUGUCUUGAUCCACGCAAUCAUCCAGCAUCUUUGGUUGGUACGGAAGUCAUCUCGACUAUCAUAUCCGCAAACUGACGGCGUAAUAUCACCUGAUAUUGCUAACUUAGAACGCGUCCUGGAACGGUGGUGCCAGUGUUGGGAACACAAUCAGGAAUCUUCCAUGAACCCCUUUAGCCCACACGGCCCUGUAUCUUUCACGUCAAUGUCGCUCUUGCGACUAGCCUAUAUUCGAAUAAACAUGGCUACUGGUUCUAUCCGGCGUCUUGAUACAUGGGAUCCACAUCAGAUUGCAUUAUCAUUGAGGAAUAGUCUACCUGCCCAGCGAAGUGACCGGCUCACUCGAGCGGCACUUCAUUGUGCUCAUGCAUUGAGCAUUCCGGUAAAACUUGGCAUAAGCUAUGUUGCACAUACGCACGUUGCACUAUGGUCUAACCAAUACGCACUAUGUUCUUUGGAGAGUGCAGUUCUUCUCGCUAAAUGGCUCGAGGUAGUCACAACACCUGGGUUGUAUCCUGUAGUAACAGAGCAUGAGCACAAAAUCCUCGACUUUGUCAUAGAAAUGGUCCAAGAAACCCAACAUGGAGCGAGCAGGAACUGGUUGCUAGAAAAUAACAUGCGGCUUUGUGCGAUUGUCACUAGGCUGUGGUCACGACUGUUUGGAGGUGACAAUAUUUGGGAAAUGCCAGAUUUGAUCGGGCAAUCACUAAGUGAAUACGCGGAUCUCCUGGAAGCUUGA